AUGCCGGAAAGAUCAUUUGUUAUCGAUACAUCUAAUCAGAUACCAUAUGUACCACCUCUACCUACUGAAUCUGUUUCAAGAUUUCAACUGCAACAGCAACAACAGCAACAGCAACAACAACAACAACAACAACAACAACAACAACAUAAAGCCAAUAUGAAUACAACUGCUUAUGAAAGUCAUCAGAAAAACAACAGUGCUAUGCCUAAUACAUCUAUAACAGCUUCAAAAGCGAUUGGAGGACAGCCUUACAGCACAGCUUCUACUUCAGAGUCCACUAAGAUUUCAACAAGUCUACCAUCGUCUACAUCACCAAAUUCUAUUGAUACAAUGGAUUCAAACAAUAAAGCAACCCUAUUGACAAAUCCAAGAAAGAAAAGAAAGAAACCAAUUAAAUCAUGUUCAUUUUGCCGUCAAAGAAAAUUGAAAUGUAAUCAAGAAAGGCCAGUUUGCUCUACAUGCAAGACAAGGAAUUUUGUAACUUGUGUUUAUACUGAUUAUACGGGAUCCCCAUCUCCUAAUGAAAGGAAUAAUCAUACAGAUGAUACUAGUAAUAGUGAUCAAAAUCUUGAUGUUUAUAAUGUUACUGAUGUGGGAAGUACCAAUGCAGCACUAUUGGAAAGAAUACAUCAGUUAGAAAAGCAACUAGCCACACAAACUAACUCCUCGGCAUCACCAUUGUCACCAUCUUUUUCUUCUUCACCAAUAGCAACAGCAUCUUCUGAAUCAUGCAUGAAUCCGUUUAAAGAUUACUACUACAUUCAAACGAAAACGUCUGCUAGAAGAGUUAUGUAUGGACCUACUUCAAUGAGAACUUUGAUCAUGAAAAAUACUUGGGGUUUUGUUGAUAAAUAUACACAAUUAUGGUCAAAAGUUAAAGAAGAUAGAACUAAAUGGAAAAAAAAGAGGAAAGUUCCUGAAAAUGACGAAUUGGGACUUUUAGAACAACAGUUUGGAGUAAAUUACCAAGAACAUGAUGAUAACAACACUACUACAAGCAACAUGAAUAAUCAAAAUACAACCAUCUAUGAAUCUUUAAUUGAAGAAGUUGCUGCAGAUUUACCAGAUUAUAAGAAAAUUUUAUCUCUCAUAGAAUUUUUCUUUAAUAAAAAAAUUCCAACCUUUUCGAUUUUAAUAUUGUUUUUGAUAAAAAUAAAGUUAUUAGGGAUUUCGGCACUACUUUCAUAUCUACCAAAGAUAUCAAAACAUUUUGUAGCAUGCCGAGAAAGGAACGUCACCCAUUACUUUGAUUCCCACUUUGAAAAAAAUUACUACCCCAUUGGUGUUGUUAUUAUGAUAUUAGCAUUCACUUAUUAUUAUGAUGAUAUACCGAAAUCAAUUCAAAAAUUCUUGACUAUGUUAGGUGGAUUUGCAAGUGCCAAGACCUCAUAUAUUGAAAAGGCUCAAUUUUUAUUAUUAAGAGUUUGUUAUCUAGAAACAUAUCGUGGUCAAAAUGAUGCAACUCCUAUAGAAGGUGUGAUUAAUCAAUUAAUAAGUACAUCAUUUAGGCUAGGAUUACAUCUUAAUUUGAAAGAAGAUCUUAAUGGACAUGAAACUACCGUGGGAAGAAUAAAAUCUAUUGAAAAUUUAUGGGUAUGGAUCGUUUACCAAGAUUAUAAAUUAUCAUUUCUUAAUGGGAGACCGUUACUUAUAAGUAACUAUCAUUUUAAUGCGAAAAAUUGGAAAAUGGAUCCAACUGACGCUCCCUCGGUUUCCAAGAUGAAACGAUUUUUACAAUUGGCAAGGCCCAUGGUUAAUGAAGUUCAUGAUGAAACUUGUGUUCCUAAAUUAAAUUCUCAUUGUGAAAGCCUGUUAAAAUUUGUGGAUGUUGAGUUUCCCCCAUUGAAACAUUAUACUGAGAUGAGCUUAAUUAAUAUAACAUUAAUUGAAGAUAUUAGAAUAUUGGGAUCAGUUUUAGAUAUGUUGAUCACUUUUUAUUCAUUGAGAUUUGCUGUCUUAAGGGAAAGAUCACUUGCUUUGAAGAAUCAAUUAAUUCAUACUAUCUUAGUAUCAUUUUCAUUGUCCAUUAAUUUCAUGAAUUUGAUGUAUGAAUGCGAUAAAGAUAAGUUCCCCAAAUUAAUGGAUAAUAAAGUUCAAACUCCAACACCAUACUUAUCACAUUCGUUAUCAUUAUUAAAUGGAUUAUUUCCAAGGACGCUUGCAACAUUUUGUGGCUUCAUUUAUCUAAAAUUAACAUUAUUUGAAAGUGGAUUAAUAUUAGCAUUAGAUUUACAAACAGAAGAAUGGAAAUUGGGAUCUCUUAGAGUACCACCUAAUACAAAUAUUCAUCUACUGGCAUCGUAUAAUAUCUAUCGGAGAAUUUUCGAUUCAUGGUUCCAAAUGGAUUCAGAUUAUAAGAGAAUAUUAUUUAGAUCUCAUGCAUUUAUGGUUACAAUGGCUUUGGAGAGGGUUUGUAGAACUGUUUUGGAUAAGACUAUUGAAUAUAGAAAGAAAGCUGAAACAACUUGGUUGAGCCAAACUCAAAAAGAGGUUGAAUCCAACAAUAUUGGUAAUAUCCAGGUGGAUGAAAACCAUAAUGGGAGCCAAAUAGGAUCUAAUCCUGCAGCGACAGGGGCAAGCUCAAACUCAGUAAGCGGAGAAAGAAGAAAUGAUGAAGCUACUCCUCUUGCCUCUAUGAUGAAUGGAACGCAGCAGCAACAACUUCAAGAACAACAACAAGGUUUCCAAUCACCAUCUCGAUUGCUAUCUCGAACGUCCCAUUUACCCAUAGACUUAUUAUGUAGCAAAGAACUGCCAGAAACAGCGAAGAAAAGUGAUAAUGGAAUAUUCCCCGAAUCUUUAGAAACGACCAUUGGGAAUAUGAAUAAUGGAACUAAAGAGAAUGCUAAUAAUAAUGCAGAAAAACAAAACAUGUUUACUCAUGAUAACAUCAAUAUGACACAUCCGAAACAGUUAGCUACUAUCAACGAACAAUUCGAGGGUGCUGCGGCUCCAUCUUCCACCAGCAUGAUUACAAAUACAAUUACAAAUACAAAUUUGAAUACGAAUAUGAAUAUAAAUACGUUUGAGAGUGAAGAAUAUGAACCUGAAAUUGCUCAAAUGUUAACUAAUGAAUUUUGGGAAAGUUAUAAUAUUGGAUGGGAUCAGCUAUUGAAACAAGCAGAUUCUCAAAAUAUCUUAUCUGAUUUAGCAGACGAUUUUAACUUAUUCUAA